AUGCGGAGGGGCCCAUCCGUUACAAAUACCCUUCCACUCUUCGUGGCAUCAUCGGGAUGUGCGUCUUGGGUGGAUGUUCUUUCUACAUAUUACAAGACAUGUGAGCUACUCACUGGUAUUUAUCAACCCACAACGGAAGAGCUGAAUAAGGGACUUGCGAGUAUGGAGACAUCAUGGGGUGUUUCACUCUUUUACUACGAUAUUGUGAAGGGUAUUUGUGGAUGUAAGCAACCACAUGCUCGUCUUGUCGGUACGGCAGUAGAGCGGUUUAAGCGUUGUGGGAAUUUCUACGCGAUUAAGCGGAUAAUGGAAGAAGAUGUUGACAUCACAUCUAGUGAAGGUGCUCGUUCAGCGUUAACAUACGCUUCAUUUACAGGAAUGUGGGAACAUGCAUUGAAUAUUUACAAAUCUAAUAAACGUAUGCAAAGUAAUAUAGCUGAUACUCGUGUUUUGGUGAAUUUGCUUUCUGUGAACGGUCGAUGGAAUGAGGCUCUUCAGUUGAUAUAUCGACAGUCACCACCAUUACUUAAUUCAAUGCUUAUAAAACCAAUAGUUCGUGCAUUAGGUUUCGCUGGAGAAUAUGAAAGAAUGCUGCGACUUGUUGCUGCUUCAUUGGCUCAAGGACACGAAAUGGAUGAAAGUCUUUUCUCUGCAUUAGUUAAAUCCUUGCAAAAAAGUGGUCAAUGGAAAGCUGCUCUUGAUACUGCUAUGGAUUUGGGUUUAUUUUCAUUUUCUCGGGAAUUAAACCAUCAUCACAUGUCUACAUUUAACGGAAUCAUUGAUUGUUUGUACUCUGUAGAUCCAUAUGGUAAACUUACUUUACGUGAAAUUGUAGAUGAUAUGUCUUGUCGCAUGUAUCCACGAAAGAUGCUCCUUAGAUCAUCUCAAAAAUCGGAAAAAUCAUUUCGACUUAUUCCCACAACAGAAUUAUUUCGUGCCUAUCAACGAUAUUUAAUUCCUCUUAGCUCUACCUAUUCAAGGAUUUUAUCACUAAAUAAUGUUCAUUAUCGUUCUGUAUCUGAAAUAGCUGAUGAAGCAUUUAAGCGAGGAGAAACGCUUCUAAUUCUUGAUACCAAUUUUAUUCUUCAAUGUACAGCGAAGAACCUCCCACUUAGUCAUUUCUACGCACCUAUGCGAAAACAGUAUCCACACCUUGAGAAGGAUGGACUUCAGCGUAUUGUACUUCCUUUUACAACAAUACGUGAAAUUCAUAAACUCAUUUGGAACCCUGGAUCUCAGUUAAAACGAGCAGUUCGAAGUCUUCUCUGGUCCCGAGUAAUGUCAUUUAUCAAACAACCCUCCGUUACAGUAUUAGCAUUGUCUUCAGAAUUCCCAUGCAUAUCGUUUUCAAUCAUUUCCCGUUUGGCUUAUUCUCGCCUAAAUGAACCUGCAAACGAGAGUGAUCCUGAUCUACGUAUACUAAAUACAUGUUUGGCUCUUCAGUAUACAUUUCGGCAACGAACCGCGACCUCACUUCAAGGAGGCCCUCAAAUGGCUGAUGGAACAGUGCUGUUUUCAUUUAUGAAAUAUCACAUACGACGGCAUCGACGGGAUGUUAGAGGGGUUGGUUCGAAUCAAAUGCUUUUGUGCACUUUGGAUAAGCGAUUAUCGGCUGCAGCUGAUGAAUUAGGAAUUCAAACAUUUCCACAAUUUCAUUCGUCUGUGGAAACUAUUCACAAGACUAAAUAA